AUGUCUGCUGAGAACUUCCUUUCGCCUCAUGGCGACAACUCAACCCCGGUCUCUCUAACGACGAACGGCACCCUCAGGACCAAAGGCAUUGUUGUUUUCUCCGGCGGCAGCGCAGCCAACAAUCUAGUCGAUGUGUUCAAGAAAGUAAGAGAAGACAAAAGGUGCCCGCUGAGCUACGUCAUUCCUAUCAGUGAUAAUGGCGGAAGCUCGUCUGAGCUGAUACGCGUUUUCGGAGGGCCAGGUAUCGGUGAUGUUAGGAGUCGUCUCGUCCGUCUAAUCCCGGACGACCCCGAUCAUGAUGAUAGCGAGAAAGCAGCCAUCAAGACCUUCUUCAACCAUAGAUUACCCAAGGAACGUUCUUCGGCAAGAGAAGAGUGGUUGCAGAUUGUAGAGGCUGAACAUGCACUCUGGACGAAUAUUUCAACCGCGAAGAAAGAGCUAGUACGGUCGAUACUGAACGUUGUCGCAUACGAAAUCGUCAAGCGUCGUCGACCUUCAUCUAAUUUUGACUUUUCAGGUGCAAGCAUCGGUAAUCUGUUUCUCACUGGCGCUCGCCUGUUCACCGGCUCCUUCGAAUCUGCCAUCUACCUCCUCUCCAGCAUAUGUUCUGUCCCCAGCCACACGUCCGUUCUCCCCGCAAUAAACACCAACUUCACUCACCACAUAUCCGUGAGCCUCACAAACGGCGACACCAUCACCGGCCAAAACUCCAUCUCCCACCCCUCUAUCUCAACAGCACUAGUGCCCGGCUCAGACGCCCCAGCCAUUGACGAAACAGAACAGCACGAUCGAAUCGAAGACGCCAAUCUCCCCGGCUCUCUCCCCACCCUCCGGAAACAAUACAUCACCUUUUCCAAAGCCGACGAAGAGGAGCUACCAGCAAGAAUAGAAAGGCUGUGGUACAUCAACCCCUACGGCCAGGAAAUCCGGCUCUCGGCCAAUCCAACGGUGCUGAGUGCGCUGAAUGAUGCUCAAGCUGUUAUAUACAGCAUCGGCUCGCUAUACACGUCCAUUAUUCCUUCUUUGGUGCUCAAAGGGAUUGGGGAGGCUGUUGGUAACCCAGCUAUCCGCUAUAAGAUCCUGAUUCUAAACUCGACAAUCGAUCGCGAGACGGGACCGUCGUCCGACCCAUACUCCGCGCUUGAUUUCAUAGCCGCCAUCGCAAAGGCAUGUGAAGAGUCGAAGAAUGUGUUUGGUCCCCUGGAUAAGAGUCAGUAUAAGAAGUACGUGACACACAUCAUUCAUCUACAGGGGCCGGGGACUCCGGCGGUGGACCGAGAUGAGCUUAAGAGCAUUGGCAUCGAGCCGAUAAGGGUGUAUGGGAAGAAACAUGAAGGGGAGAAUUUUGUGAGUUGGCCUCGUUACUUCUCGCCGCUUCCUUGCAUGCCCACAUUCAAUGCUACAUCACCCACAAUGUCUCUUCCGAAUGUCACCUCAGGCGAAGAAAUCGCCGUGAUGAAUACCAGCGCAUUCAAACGCCUCUACUGGCCCAUCCUAGAUAAAGAAGGCAUAUCAAACAUUCACGUCGCCAACAAAGAGAACGAUACGUCUUCGAGUCCCAGUGCUUCUUUUACAAACCACCCCGUCGCCCUCGAACCAGCAACCGUUACAAACGCUUCUAAAAUCUUCGUAACAGCAGAAUGUCUCGCUUGUAAAGAGGGCGAAUGGAAUGACGGUUUCGAAGGACAGCCAGAAGGUGUCGAGAGACUAGAAGACGCGUGGGACUAUUUGGUCAUCGAAACCGCUGACGGUAGCCCUGUACUCGUCCGCGAUGUGGUCGCCCAAGUCCAUACAUGGGCUGCCAAUCCUUUCAUUGGGGAUAAGAUUCGCGAAGGCAUGGUUUGGAUGUACAACGCCUCGUUUGAGCGCGGUGAAGAUGGAUGGUGCUCAGUAGGCAUUGGCAGCGAGGACGACUUACUUGAGGUGCCAGAAGGUACCAAGAUAUUCUUUGAGAGCUUUUUCGAACAUGGCCCUGAUCAGGAUACUGGCGUACCCGUUGUCGCUAUAGAGUUUUGGGUGGAAGGGUGGGAGGGGAAGAGCGCGGAAUACUUUUGGAAAUCGCGCGGUGACCCAGUGAAGCAUAUGUUGUUACUGCGGUGGUUAGGCGUGCCGAGACGGCUCAAUAUCCGCUCCACCCUGUCAGACACGAUCGCACGGCAACUACCCCAAAUCCAGCUGAACGUGUUUUGCCAAGCAGACGCCAUUGGGACGGUCCGCAAGGCAUGGCUUACGCUUACCUUAGUCGAGACCGUUGUCUCCAGCAGUCCUUUAGCUUUCCGAAUGGAAACAGUUGUCGCAUGCGUUGAGUCGGUGCUCACUUAUCUUGUCGGGCCGCCGCCACAGCGCCCGGUUACCCAGUGGACCAUGCCGCCAAACAACGUCUACGGAGUACCGACACCAAGUGAAGCGAGUACAGCGCCGGAUGAUACAGAGACCUGGUACUGUGACUUUUGGGAGAAAGCUUACGCCGUUCCGCAAAAGGACAGAAACAACAUCAUCAUCUACGAACCGAGAGAGACAGAUAUACCCGAUCCAAGGGCCAGACCAGAAUGGGCGAGCAAACGGUUGCGAAAGGCUUAUGAGCUUCUUGGAGAAGGCCAUCCAAGGAUAGUGCGGUGUACCAGCCCUUUAGAUAGCGACGCUGGCAAUGGGGUGAUUGUUGAGAGACUCAAUCCAGGGCCACACUGGGGUGAUCUUCCCGUCAUGACUACACCUGUACAAGAGACGCCUUCCAGAGAGGAUAAGGUUAUGCUGGCUUUGUACUAUCGUUGGGCCUUGCAAGCACUGUCUGCCCUCAGUUUUUCCCACUCCCGCUCUGUGUAUCUGACAUUCUUCUCGUCUAGAAAUGUAUGGCUACGAUCCGACUUUUCGCUUGCUAUUACAGGUUUCAUCAGCGUUGAAGGACCCGAGCUCGAUGCCGAUGCGCUGAGAGACGCUUGGAAGCAAUCGAAGCGAGAUGAGAGACAGGAGCGAGAUUAUCAGGCAUUCGUUGCUGGUAGAACACAAGAGCCGGAGCCCUCUGAUGAAGAGAGUAAUGCAGAUAGCGAAGAGAUUCCAGAGGGGUUCUCCGAAUCUUGGAGUGAAGGAGAAUGGGCGGGGGAUGGCAACGCUUUGUUCUACGAUGAUUAUUUCAACAUCACGUAUCCUCGAGAAGGUGGAUAUCAUCGCAAACCUUUGUUUUACUGGGCUAGCUUUGUCUGGGAGCUCAUGACUAACGGUCUCACAGCCGAAGCGCCUUGGAAACGUGACAUAGACUGGAGUCCGUUCUCACCUGGAGGGCGCCCGACGGAAGAAGCGGCAGAUUGGCGCGACCAGCUUCAAGUGUUAGAGCAGGCUAGGCUUGGAAGUGUGUUGCUCAAAGCCUGGAAGGGCGAAUACGAAAGUGCGGAGCAAGCUGCCGAAGAUAUCAGAAAGAUCGCCAGAGAAAUAGGCAUCAAUGUCGUCAGCAGUACGGUGGAAGUAGGCGACGAUUGGAUGAAGCUGUUCAAGGAUGAAGUUGAUAUUGGCGAGCCUUGGGAGAAUAUUUUCGAGCUGGAUAAAGCGCAAAAGAAGUGGGGAACGCGAACGCUCAGAUUCAAGCGGAAAACUACACAUGUAAACUUGCCUGCGAUAGAGCAGACUAAUUUAGCAGGGCCAUAG